CAUUAAUCAGUUUAUUCAUGGUGGAAGCCAAAUUUUUUCGCUUUCUUAAGAUUGUUGGUGUUGGGUACAAAGCUAGAGCUGAAGCUGAAGGACGCCUCUUGUUUCUCAAAUUGGGAUACAGUCAUGAGGUUGAACUAACUGUCCCUCCGGCUGUCCAUGUUUUCUGCUUCAAGAACAAUGUAGUUUGUUGCACUGGAAUUGAUAAACAGAAAGUACACCAGUUUGCUGCUGCCGUUUGCAGCUGUAAGCCGCCCGAGGUGUACAAGGGCAAGGGUAUUAUGUAUGUUGAUGAAGUAAUCAAGAAGAAGCAAGGAAAGAAAUCAAAAUGAUUGCAAUCAGGAUAAGUUAUAUAUUGGAGAAUGUUUUAGAUGAACUCAUGGAUGGACAUUCCAAGCCUCGUUUUGUCAAGAUGAGUUUGCCUGUGUCCCCAAAUCAGACAAUUCUUGCAGCAUGGUGCUUUUUAAACUGGUAGUGAGAGUUAUGUAAUAGCUGAUCCAAUUUUAUCUGAAUCAGUUUGGGAUUUUUACCAUAAUAAGAUACUAAAUUGUUCCAUGAGUUUCGGUGCAAGUGUUCUCGAAGAAA